AAGAAAAAGUGCAAUAGCAAAAAAAAAAAAUAUAUCGUUUAACGGCGUCAAUUGUAACGGCGAAAGUGGCAUAGGUUAAGGUUUGGCCCAAAGUUCAAUCGAAAAUCCCCAUUUCCAUUGUCGUCUUCAUCAUCAUGGUCGUCAUCUGAAAUCUGAAGUCUGAACUACUUCUUUUCCCCUUUCAUUAUAUUUAUUAUUCUUUCUUCGAUUUUCCUACUUCAUCAUUCCUUCACAAAUUUUCCCUCGAUCCAAACAUUUUCCUUAAAUUACCCAUUCCUCCAUUCUUCCUACUCUCUCCCUCCUUCCGUCUUUCACCAUUCCAGACCCUCCGCACACCCCCGUGCACACCAGAGUCGUGAAACUCACAUCCCCAUUCGCCGCCUGGGCGUCGAGAUUCGUCGCCACGGGCUCAAUGUUCUCCACCCCAUUCGUUCUCUCCUUUUCUCUCUUGCUCUCUCUCCCAAUCCUCUUCCUCCUCGCCCCCAGAUUCCUCUCUCCGCUUCAGCAGCAGCCCCAGAGUCCUUUUUUGAUCUCUCCCUCCGACGAGCAAGAUGACCUCUCCCUCUUCAACCGAGCUUCGGGCUCCGCCAUUAACAACAACAACAAUCCUUCCAGAUUUUCUCACCUCUCCACCGGCUCUAACCCAAAGCGCAAGAUCGCAUUUCUCUUCCUCACCAACACCGACCUUCACUUUUCUCCACUCUGGGAUCAAUUCUUCACGGGAAAUUCACAUCUUUACAACAUCUAUGUCCACGCCGAUCCGACCGUCAACGUCACCAAUCCCCAUGGAGUCUUCGAGGGUCGCUUCAUUCCCGCCAAGCGGACCUAUCGCGCCUCUGCAACACUUGUAUCCGCCACGCGCCGCCUACUCGCCACCGCCAUCAUCGAUGACCCGGCCAAUGGCUUCUUCGCGGUGCUGUCCCAGUACUGCGUGCCUCUCCACUCGUUCAGAUAUGUUUACCGCUCACUUGUGGUCUCCAGGUCGUUUGAUUCGUCGUCGGCUGAGUCCGAUGCUGAGUUGACUCGGCUUGGUGUCCGCGCCAAGUACAAGAGCUUCAUCGAGAUUCUCUCCAAGUCACGAAACCUCUGGAAGCGGUACACGGCUAGAGGAAGGUUUGCGAUGAUGCCGGAAGUGCCCUACGAGCAAUUUCGUGUCGGAUCUCAAUUCUUCGUGCUGACUCGCCGGCACGCGCUGGUUGUGGUCAAGGAUCGGACGCUGUGGAGGAAGUUUCGAUCGCCGUGCUAUAAGGAAGAUGAAUGUUACCCAGAAGAGCACUAUUUUCCGACCCUUUUGUCAAUGGCGGAUCCGAAUGGCUGUACUCAAUACACGUUGACUCGAGUCAAUUGGACCGGUACAACCAAUGGCCACCCUUACACCUACGGUGCGGCUGAGGUGUCGCCGGACCUGAUUCAUCGUCUUCGACAAUCGAAUCACUCUGAAUCUUACUUGUUUGCUCGUAAAUUCUCGCCAGAUUGCUUGGAACCCUUGAUGGAUAUAGCCAAGAAAGCCAUUUUCCGGGAUUGAAUUUUUUUCCCGGCUAACUGGUGAAGAAGUCCAGUGUGGAUAUUUAUAUUGGUUCUUUUAUCUCUGGAGCAAGUGGAGUUGGAUCUACAAACUGGGAACCUAGUUUGGAAGAGGCGUAAAGAGGUGCCCACAACCAGGUAACCCAGAAGUUUCAACUGAGACUUAGAUAAAAUUUAUGAGAAUCCAAAGUGGGAUAAAAAGAAUAGUGAUUAUGUUGGGGGGGGGGAGUAGAACAAGCAAGAAUUAAGAAGGGGCAACCGAAGCAACCAAUUGAGGUACCUUUUACUUUUGUUAAAGUUGUAUUCUUUUCUUUUUUCCAUAGAUUAGAUAUCCGGAUGGUGUUACACAAGUAGGUGUUUUAGACUUUUGUUCAAGGGUGUUUUGUACAUAUAUAAGGGUGGAGUUUGGUUUGCAUUCCCUUACUUCACAAGACAGCAAUAACAAAAAAAGGAAAAAGAACAUUUAAAACCCAUGUAAGAGAACAGUGUUUGGCCUUGAAGUUUGAACAGGGUUAAUGAAGAAACCAAGUUGAAGGUCAUUCUUUCAUA